AAAACCCUCAUCAAAUGUCACUAUCGACCAUGUUAGUCUCACUCAUCUCAGACCCACUUGACCAAUUCUAGAAUUCCUCAAAAUCAAAAGCAGAAACCCUAAACUCUCUCUCUGUUUCUUCUUCUCCAAACACUUUGGGAGUUAAAAAAAACUCGCUGAGCCGUCCCCUGCGGCCCUGCAUUGGUUUCUCGUACUAUGGAGCUUAAACUAGCCACCGUCGAGAAAAAAGUGCUUGAAGAGUUGGUGAAUUUAGCGCAGAGUCGAGAUUUGCGAGGCGAAAAAGGGAAUUGGAAGGAGUUUUUAAAUGUUUACGACGAAAAUGUUGGAUCACUCAAGGACCCUUCGAGGCGUUCCCAUGACGAUUUGGUUCAGUUUUUGUCAACUUUUAAGAAGAAAGAAGAUUUGCAAGUUCUGAAAUGUCAUGCCAAUCAUCUUCUGAUUGAAGAGUUGAAGCAGGAGUCUGAAGAUAAAGACACUCCUGAGCAGAUGCUAGUUCGAUUGACCGUUGAGCAUCAGAAUUACUCUUUUGACUAUUCAUUCCAGCCAUACUCCGAGGACUGGUUUGUAUCCGAUGUUGGAUUGAAGAUGUCAAAGGUGAUGAAAUCUACUCAAAUUGUAGCUCUUGAUUGUGAGAUGGUUCUUUGUGAAGAUGGGACUGAGGGUUUAGUUAGAGUUGGCGUUGUAGACAGUGAUUUAAAGGUGAUUCUUGACAAAUUCGUGAAACCGGACAAACCUGUUGUUGACUACAGGACAUACAUUACAGGGGUCACUGCUGAAGAUAUCAAAAAUACUACACUCUCUGUGGCAGAUAUACAGGAAACUUUGCAGCCUUUUCUUUCUGAGGGUACGAUUUUGGUAGGACACAGUUUGAACAGAGAUUUGCAAGUGUUGAAGAUAGAUCAUCCCAAAGUAAUCGAUACCGCACUUGUAUUCAAGUAUUCCAAUGAAAGAAAGCUCAGAAGACCUUCACUUAACAACCUAUGCAAGUCUAUUUUGGGUUACGAAGUCCGAAAGGACUACGUUCCUCAUGAUUGUGUGGAUGAUGCAGCAGCUGCGAUGAAACUUGUGCUUGCUGUUAUAGAGAAAAGAGUUGACACAACAAUCAAACCAUCCAAAGAGAUGCUGGAGGUUGAGAAAGCAAGACUCUUUCUACAUAAAAUCCCUCACAAUGUGACAUCUGAAGAGCUGGACCAACUUCUUUCUGGAAAGUUUACACUUGAUGUUAAGCCAGCAAAAACGCAGAGAGGUUACUAUUGUGCAUUUGUUGUUUUCAAUAGUUCAGAAGAAGCAGAUCAAGCAUUUGAAAACGUUGAUGGAAUCCAAAUGACGGAUUCAGUGGGUUUGCCACAAAAACAAGUCACCUUUAAGCGGAGUUCGGGAUCAAGAGCUAGUUUAUAUGUCCGUAAAAUGGUUCAAGAUGAAUGAUGCAACCUACGUUGAGAUUAACCAUUUUGCAUUGUACAAUUAUAAUAGAGGAUUCUGAUAAGGUUUGACGUUGAUUUAUAAAUCUAAAAAAAAAAACUUCUUCUGUCC